UUUAGAGUUUGAUCUCCAUGUUUUAUUCUGUUUAGGGAAAUCGGAGGAUGGAUAAAUACGCACCGCUGAUGACUCUGUUCCUUUUGGGCUGCAUCUCCGGCUCACAGAUCCCCCUGCGUCAGUACCACUAUGUUAACAUGGCUCUGAGCUGGAGAGAUGCCCAACUGUACUGCCGGGAGAAAUACACCGACCUGGCUACAUUUGACAGUCUGGAUGACUUGAACAGACUGAAAGCCAACUUUUCCUACACCUGGGGGUGGUUUGGUCUUCAUGAUGAUCCAGCAGCUUGGAAAACAUCGAUGGGAAAUAAGAGCAACUCCUGGAGAUGGUCAGCAACAGGACAAACCAGCACAACUGGAUACCAGUCGUGGAGCAGUCGUGGUCCAGAUUACUAUCAGGGAAAAGAGACUUGUGCAGCAGUAGGUGGAGGAGGACUGUGGACUGACGUUGACUGUUACUCCUCCUACAGCUUUCUUUGCUUUAUUGGUAAGAACAAGUUUUAUUUCAUGGAUAUUUCACACAUCGCUUUCAGUGAAUAUCAUACUUUCCAAAUUACUGAAUAAACUGAUUUGAGCUGAAACAAAAUCAAAGAGGGAAAAAUAAAAAGUUGAGGAGAAAAAAACAAAUACUUCCU